AUGUCAAUCAAGAACGUCGUCCUGGUAGGAGCUGAUGGUAAUCUCGGACCCGGUGUCCUUGAUGGCUUAGUGUCAACAGGAUCUUUCAAUGUCACAGUCUUCAAGCGCAAGUCCUCCAAGUCAAAGUCCAACUAUCCAGAAGGUGUACAAGUCAAGCUGCUCUCAGAUGACUUUCCAAUCGACGAACUGGUUUCCGCAUUGCAAAAUCAAGAUGCCAUAGUCAGCACUGUGUAUGGUGCACAGGUGGAUUUGCAAAAACGUCUCGCCGAUGCUGCGAUCAAAGCAGGCGUGAAGCGAUUCAUACCUUCCGAUUUUGGAAGCUGCGAUUCCCAAAGCAAGAGAGCCAUGGAACUCGCACCCAUCUACAUCGCCAAAUCGGAAGUGCGAGACUAUCUCGAAAAGUUGGCCAAGGAGAACUCUGGAUUCAGCUGGACCAGUCUUGUAUGCGGACAUUUCUUCGAUUGGGAUCUCGGAUUCUUCCACAUUGACCUCAAAGCCAAAAGUUUCGAGAUCCUCGAUGAUGGCGAGGUCUACUGGAGUACUAGCACAUUUGCACAAAUCGGCAAAGCCACUGCUGCAAUCCUGCAGAAGCCAGAAGAGACCAAGAACCGUUUCGCCUACAUCCAAAGCUUCCGCAUCAACCAAAAUCAGCUGUUGAGAGCGUUCGAGAAGACGACUGGAGAGUCAUGGAAUGUGAAGAAAUACGAUUCUUCGGACUAUGUCAAAGAGCGCAAGGCCAAGGCAGAUGGCGGCGAGAAAUCGGCCGUCGAAGAUUUGGUCUGGGUGUUGGGUACGUUGGAAGCUGAUUGGGAAGCCCGCGAAGGGUACGCAAAUGACCUUUUGGGCCUGAAGCAAGAGAAUCUGGAAGAAGUUGUCGCACGGAUUGUCAAGAAUAAUUGA